GUCACGGUGACAUGUAUUAUAAAUGAAUGUGGCCGAGGCUCAGUUCAGGCAACAUUGUGUAAUGUGUAGACGCCACAUUUGAAUCCUAUAUUUUCAUAUCUGUUCUGGCGAGAUAAACGUUCAGCAACUGGAUUAGUCGAGGCGUUAAUUCGCAGAACAUCAGUUCAUACAGAGGCUGUUUUUGCGGCGUUAGGACCCUGGGGACUCGAUCAUAGCCACAGAGCAAUUUGCAUGCGUUUGUUCUGCAAGGCAAACACUGGUGUAUGAGUGAAAUCUAAACCACCGGAAGAUCGAGGAACAGAGUCGCACACACGCUUUUUGGUGUUGGAUCGUUAUCGUGAUGGGAAGCUUUCAGUCUUUGCCCGAUGACCAUCAAUAUCGAACCUUGUCACAGAAGACAGGAUUUUCACUGGAGCAGAUCGGAAUCCUCCACAAUCGCUUUAAGCAGCUCAGCCAAAACGAGGAUACACUACGGAACUUCCAGAAGGAUGCAACAGGAUCUGUGCAAGAAAUCGGCUUUGAGGAAUUCCUUACAGUCAUGUCGUAUUUCAGAGCUCCAGCCCAUCAAAUCACAGAGGAACAGAGGGAAGAGAUCAGGAGAGCCAAACUGCGCUUUCUGUUCAACAUGCAUGACACUGACAAUGAUGGAACCAUAACACUGGAGGAAUACAGACAUGUAGUGGAGGAGUUGUUGUCCCGGAGUGGAGCUCUUGGCAGAGAGACAGCAAAGGGCAUUGCAGAUGCUGCAAUGCUGGAGGUUGCCAGUAUCACCGUAGGUCCCAUGGCACCUGAUGAGUUCUAUGAAGGAAUAACAUUUGAGCAGUUCCUGAAGAUUCUAAAAGGAGUUGAAAUUGAGACGAGGAUGCACAUUCGCUUCUUAAACAUGGACACAACUGUUCUAUGCAAGUAACAAUCUGUCUAAAUACUGCCAGUUAAAUAUUUAUUUUUGUUAAAAAGCACUUUAGCAGAUGCGGUUGUUUUUACCCAAGCCUAGUACUAUUUGCAGGAAUCUCAGUGUGUGUGUGUGUGUGUGUCUUAGUUAGUUAAAAAGCAAUAACAAAAAGUAUCUUGAUAUAUUCAAAUUUCUUGCUUUGCAUGUUCAUAUUAUAUAAUUAUUAUAUAUUAAUACAAUACAAUUACAGCUAUGCAGGCAUAUAUUUAUUUAUUUAAUAAAUUAUCUUUUCUAAAUACCUCUUUAUGCUAAUAUAAUCUAUUAAAACCAAAUGAAAUCAUCUACUGUAUAUUUUCACAUUACUAUAUGAAUAUUAAAUAAUGCAUCAAAUUAUUAACACUGUGAAGUAGCUAUAUAUGAGUAGUAUUUUAUAUGCUGAUGAUUUAAUUCUUAUAAAUUAAAAGUAGUUGAAUGUAGAGUCUGAAGUGAAGAACUGCAGUUCCUCCUGUCAGCCAGCAGAUAUUGCUAAUGCCACAGCUUUGUUUGUGUCAGUGGACAUACAUUUACUCAGGUACCUGUACAACCAAUAAGCAUGCUUCAGCAUGUUCGUGUAAGGGCAACGAUAAGUGUAUUAACUAGCGUUAUAUUGUAAACAAUAGAAAAUAUUCUAAAAUACCUAUUAACAGCGUUACAAUGAUAAUCUGCACUUGCUAGUGGACACCAAAGACCUUUAAUCAUUAACAUUAGAAGCCACGUAUAAACUUUGAUGCAAAGAGCUCAAUAUGUAGUGUCAGCAUGGAUUGUACACAUGUAGGUUUGAUGUCGGGAAAAUACUUUGCAUAAUGCAUUUUUACUUGCAAAAAUGAAACUACUCUAGCAUUUACUCUGUGAAAGGGUAAAAAUGUCUCAAAAUGAAGAAGUGAACAAUUGUUUCUUCUCCUAACCUAAAAAAGGGGAAAAAAGAGGGUAUAUGCACCCACUGUGUAUUGAAUCCGCAACUUGCAUUUACCACAAUAAAACGGCAUUUUUGCCACACUGAAAACUU